AUGCGGGUGGCAAGAGAUGUAGCGGGCCGGGGGCGGAGCGAGGGGGGUGACGUUGCGUGCGUCAUUGCGCAUGCAGGUGGCGGGCUGGGGGCGGGGUGGGAGAUGAUGUCUUUGUGCGUCAUGGCGCACGCUGUGGCUAUCACGCCUCUGGUAGGGCGGGCGCAGGGAAGGUGUACUGGAGCCCUCACAGCGGGCGGAGGACUCGAAGGAACCAUGUGUUGGUUCCUACGCACAGUGCUGGCCGCAGGCCUUCUGCGGGCUGCCGGGCGUCCGUGCUGGCGCUGCGCGGUGCGCCUGCUCCCAGGGCCCGCGGGCGGCCGGGCCGUGGACGGGCCCUCCUCCUGGCUUGUGCGGCGUUGCCGGCCGGGCCUGCUACCGCUGGUGGCAGCCCUCUCCUGGUUCUCGAAGCCCGCUGCUGCCGGGGAGGAGAAGCAGCGAGCGGGUGAGUCCUCUACACAGGACGCGUCCGAGGCGACGGAGGCCGAGAUCAUUGAGCUGUUGAAGCGAGCCAAGUUGAGCAUCAUGAAGGAUGAACCAGAGGAGGCUGAGCUAAUCUUGCAUGAUGCUCUCCGUCUUGCACACCAGAGUGGUAACCACAAGGCCAUCACCUACACUUACGAUUUGAUGGCCAAUUUAGCAUUCAUACGUGGUCAGCUUGAAAAUGCAGAAAAACUUUUUAAAGCAACAAUGAGUUACCUGCUUGAAGGGGGCAUGAAACAGGAAGACAAUGCAAUAAUAGAAAUCUCCUUAAAGUUGGCCAGUAUCUAUGCUGCUCAGAAUAGACAAGAAUUUGCUCUUGCCGGCUAUGAAUUCUGCAUUUCGACUCUAGAGGAGAAGAUGGAAAGAGAAAAGGACCUGGCAGAAGAUGUUAUGUCAGCGGAAGAGAAAGCCAAUACCCACCUUCUUCUUGGCAUGUGCUUAGACACCUAUGCCCGUUAUCUUCUGUUUGCCAAGCAGCCAUCACAGGCACUAAAGAUGUAUGAAAAAGCUUUGCAGAUUUCUGAAGAAAUACAAGGAGAAAGACACCCACAGACCAUUGUACUGAUGAAUGACCUUGCUACUACUCUGGAUGCACAAGGGCAUUUUGAUGAGGCUUUCAUUUAUGUGCAGAGGGCAUCAGAUCUGGCCAGACAGACCAGACAUCCGGAGUUACACAUGGUACUCAGCAACUUAGCGGCUAUUUUGAUACACAGAGAACGAUAUGCACAAGCCAGAGAGAUCUACCAGGAAGCGCUGAAGCAAGCAGAGCUGAAAAAAGACGAGCUUUCCAUACAGCACAUCAGGGAAGAGCUGGCUGAGCUGUCAAGAAAAACUGCUUUGUUGGGAUUACUGAAAAUGACAUUUUUCACUCCAAAUUUUAUUGAAGAAGUUUGA